UUGUUGUCAUUUCUUAGCCCGACAUAAAUAAAAGAAUUUUUUUAAUUUGAAAAAUCUUUUGAAAAUGACUCCAAAACUGCAAAUAUCACAACUUGUAAUCAACCGAUUAAAACUUCUUGAAAAUGUCUGUGGUGGAGGAUUAUUUGGUUUAAUGUAUUCAAAGAAUCUGAUUAUAUUAGGAUUCGAUCUUGAAUCAUCAGACAAACUAAAUUUCAAAAAGAUGCAAGAUAAUUUUCCUACCGAAAUUGACCUUUGUGGAUUAUUUAAGUUUGACGAUUGCACUGAUGUGAAAGCACACAUGCAAGAGAUAUUGAUAAAUGUUGAUAUCACUGAUAAUCCUAUUUUAAUUAAGUGUCAACGUAAAGACGACGGCGAAUUGGAGCUUAACGCUUCACAAUGGAAGAAUGGAAAACUAGAAGAAAUCGUUUAUGAAGUGUUAAGCGAAGAAGAAAUUUACAAACAAUUUGUUAUGGCUCGCUUAUUAGGAUACAUAGAAAUCGCAGCUGAACCGAACGAAAAAAGCAUCAAGCAAGAAUUUAUGACUACGAGAAAGAAACUUGCUUAUGGAAAUGUUUUAUUUCAACUACAAAGCAAAAAUGUUUUCUUUAACAACAAUGAAAUCGUUGGAGCUCCAGUGUCACUGGUUUCAGACAUUUUCGAUCUUGUUAAGAAAAAAGUUGAAAAUGUUGAUAAAAAGAAAAAUAAGAAGGAAACUGCAUUAACUGAUUUUCAAAUGGUGAACAUCGAUUGCUUAGUUAAGAAAUCUGACGAAUUUGAAAAGAAUCAACAAGCAGCUUUAAAUUUGAUCCUUGAGAAGAACAAAGUUUUAAUUCCCAUUACAAUUGAUGCCAUUGCUGCUGUUCAUAUCACAACAAAAGCUCUCGGACUUUACGAUAUUCUUAUAGAAUCACUUUGUCGUACAUUGAGAUUAAUAGAAGAAAAUUUGUUGGAUCAAUUGGUAGAAUGCGAUGAAUUGGCUGUUCCUUUAACUUAUCAUUUUAAACCAGACAACUUUGGACAUUACUACACUUGCAUUUAUCCACAAUCAAUUCCUGACGAAGAUGAACAUUUGACAGCAUUUAGACGAGAACUUCAUCAACAAUUUUCACUUUCAAUGGUACGUCCCGUCUUCCGAAGAGCGAAUGCUUUUCCAUUUGAUGUCAUAACUAGUUCACUUCUUGUAAAUCCUCAUGUUGGCUUGAAGAAUACAGUCGAAGGGGGAAAGCAGUCUUUGGUUCAAGGAAAGUAUUCGUACCAUCAUUACAUGCAAGACAAGUUCAAUGACGAUGGAUGGGGAUGUGCUUACAGAUCACUUCAAACACUCUGCUCUUGGUUCCGCUUUCAAGGAUAUUCUGAACAUCCAAUUCCAUCGCAUGAAGAUAUUCAAAAAUAUUUAGUGAAAGUUGGUGACAAACCGAAAACUUUCGUCAACUCUCGACAAUGGAUUGGAUCGACGGAAGUGUCGAUGUGUCUCAAUGGAUUUAUGAAUGUUGAUUCGAGAAUUAUGCAUGUCAGUUCGGGAACUGAACUUGCUUCAAAGGGAUCGGAACUUGCUUAUCAUUUUGAAUCACAAGGGACGCCGAUUAUGAUUGGUGGCGGUGUGUUGGCUCAUACAAUCAUCGGAGUCGACUUUAACAGCAACACUGGCGAAUUAAAGUUUUUAAUUCUCGAUCCACAUUUCACUGGUGAUGACGAUCUUCAAGUAGUGCAGAACAAAGGUUGGUGUGGAUGGAAAGGAGUUAACUUCUGGAAUAAAACCGCGUACUACAAUUUGUGUAUGCCACAAAGACCAGCAAUAUUUUAAUUUCAUAUUUAUUCAUUUUAUAUUCAUCGCAUGUUGUCAGUCACUUCUGAUUAUUUGUGAGCAAUGACAAUUUUUGUAAUAUUUUCAAUACAAUUUACUUUAAAACUUUCUUUCAUGAAAUAAAUUCAAAUUUGAGGGAAACCAAAUUUUUAUAUUUCUUUAUAAUUUGAAAUUGAAGCAACAAGUUUACUUUGAAAAACUGAAAACUAUCUUAAAAAAUUCUUAUCCUGAAUAAAAUGGUU